CCCAUGUUUCUACUACCAUUCACCCGACCACCCACCCUUUCCACUUCGAGUAUCAACUCCCCGGUAGCUGGGUUUGUGGGUCUAUGCCGUGGCUGUCAAUCCUCCUAGUGUGUCUCCGCCUACGGCCCACCGUCUUUUACACCCUUCUAAAUUCCUUCUACGCUUCCGCCGCCGAGACCCUUCUUGUUUCUCUUCAAACCUCUCAUGCUUAGCUGUUGAUUAUUGACCAUGGGUUUCAAUCCAGACUCCAAAGAACUAGGAUCGAGCGCGCCGCGCGUUGGAGAAAGAGCGCUCCAAUCUACCACCUCCAAUCAGUCGAAAGCGGCAGGAAACAAUCAAAAUCAAAGCAUCAUGGCCACAAUCGCAGAUGACGACGACAGGCUACUGGUACGCAUUGGAUACACUCCAGUGCUACAAAGACAUUUCUCAAGAUGGUCUACUGUUUCAUAUGCCAUCUCAAUUCUAGGUGUAUUGGGCUCGGUACCUGCAACCUUCGGUGCCCCGAUGAGUUCAGGCGGACCAGCGACAGCAGUAUGGGCCUGGUUCAUUGGCAGUGUCAUGGCAUACUGCAUAGCCAGUUCAGUUGCCGAAUUGGUAUCCGCAUACCCAACCGCUGGAGGAAUGUACUAUGUCACAAAACAUGUUGUACCACCUGAGCACGUCGCAGCCUGGGCGUGGAUCAUUGGGUGGUGCAACUUCCUUGGUCAAGCAGCUGGCGUGGCAAGUCUGGCAUACACAAUCUCUCAGAUGAUACUGGCGACCGCCGUCAUGCAUACCCUAGACAAUGGGGAAGCUGCCUUUGAGCCGCAAGCAUAUCAGACUGUCCUUCUCGCCAUCUUCGUAUUGUGCAUGUUUGGCACAAUCUGCUCGUUCCCCACGAACUGGCUACAUCGCAUCAUUUUAUGGUUUGCACCUAUCAACAUCAUUGCAUCAAUCUGCAUCUGCAUCGCUCUUCUCAUCCUCACACCGAACAAACAAAGCCCGCAAUGGGUGUUUACGACAGUAAUGGACGGCUCGGGUUGGGGAAGCAAAGGAUUUUCCUUCCUUCUCGGUUUCCUCUCUGUUGCAUGGACAAUGACAGACUACGACGGCACAACACACAUGUCGGAAGAGACGCACGAUGCCGCUAUUCGUGGCCCUGUAGCGAUCCGAGCGGCGAUCCUCGUGUCCGGUGUCGUAGGAUGGAUGCUAACAGUCACCUUUUGCUUCUGCAUGUCAGACUACGACGAGAUUAUGGCGACACCGACUGGUCUUCCCGUCGCCCAGAUCUUCUUUAAUGCCGGUGGCAGAACAGGUGGAACCAUCAUGUGGUUCUUCGUCAUGUUGGUCCAAUUCUUCACCGGCUGUUCUGCCAUGUUGGCCAACGCGAGAAUGGCUUGGGCCUUUUCCCGCGAUGCAGCCUUCCCAUUCUCGGGUUUCUGGAGUAAGGUCAAUUCGUACACAGGCACCCCGGUCAAUGCAGUAUGGCUGGUUGUCAUCUUCUGCAGCUGUCUUGACUUAAUCGGAAUCGGAAGCACCCUCACCAUCACGGCUAUUUUCAACAUCACAGCACCUGCUCUGGACAUCAGUUACAUCGCAGUCAUCAUCGCACACCGAUGGUAUGAAAACACCGUCAUCUUCCAUCCUGGACCAUACACAAUGGGUAGAUGGAGCAAGCCGGUCAACGCGAUCGCAGUGACAUGGGUCAUCUUCAUUAGUGUUGUGCUGUUCUUCCCAACUGUGAAGCCAGUCAGAGCCGACAACAUGAAUUACGCUAUCUGCGUGGCAGCCUUCAUUGGCUUGUUCAGCACGGUCUGGUGGUACGCCGAUGCAAGGAAGAAGUACACUGGCCCACGCACAAGCGAUACCAUCGACAUGCUUCCACCAGAGGACCCAGAGGACAUUCUCAGCGACUACGACACCGUUUAGUGGACGAGUCCACGUCACACUCGCCUAUCCCUACUAGAGGCGCAUCGCCAAAUCGAAACAUAACGACUUUAACGACAUCUGAAAAUACUGAUAGAC